AUCAGCUUGUGUUUACUGCACAGUAACUGUAACUUCCUGGGAAAAAACGUAUCAACCAGACAGUUAACAAAUUAGCAAACUGUUUGCUCAGGCUAAAUAAACAGUGGGAACUGAGAUAAAAUUGGUGGUGCGGAAUGACUUGUAGAGCAAAAGCUUACUGGAUUUUGAAAUAAGAGGACGUCUCACAGCCUCUGCUUACUGACUCUAUUGGCAAAGAAGACAAGAAGAAUAAAUUCUGCCACUACUUGUCUCUACUGCUAUGGUGAAGUAUUGCCUGUUUCUCUUACUAUUGGCAAAUGCUAAGUAUGGAUGAGAAGAAUCCAUCAGUCUGCUUUUGGACUGAUGGAACAUAUGCAGAAGAGAUAUAUAAUAAUCCUUAAAAACACUGUGUGUGUGUGUGUGUGUGUGUGUGUGUAUGUCCCUCCCCACAAAAGGCACUGUACGUCUAUAGUGAACUGUAUAGAAAACUAAAUUGCAUAGAGCACUGUCCUUGGAACAUCUCACCACUCAGGCAAGUGGCAAAUAUUUUAAGCAGUCAGGAAACGGAACUAUUGCAAUGGAAGGGUUUGCCAGCGGUUUGUUUUUCAAAGCAAAGGUUAAUCUAGACUAAGACAACAGUGAUAGAAUAACAAACAGCAAUCUUAACUUAUAGGGCAAACUCUAGUCUCACCCCCUGCCCCCUGGAUAAAGUGGAAUCUUCUGUAACCAAACAGUCCAGGGCAAACUGUAUGGAAUUUUGGUUCUGAGAAUUGCAGGCUACUAAUAAUAGUAAUUAUUCUUUCAGAUAUCCCUUGUAUUUCUUCUUUCUUUCACAACUAUCACCAGUGAAGCAUCACUUGCCCCUUCAGAUCAAAUAUUUCAGUACAUUGAUGCACAUCAACAUGAAUAUGUACAGGUACAAGCGGGUGUACUAUUUUGGGACAAGCUGGAAAACUAGAGUGAAGGAAUGUUACCUGGAAUGUGGAUUCCAUCCCCCUCAUAAUUUCCUCUUUUCCUCAUAAUUUCCACAGAGACUCAGAGAAUGGGUGGCCAUUGAAAGUGACUCCAGUAACCUUCUGAAGAGGCAAGAUCUGAUUGAAAUGAUACAUUUAGCAGAAGAGAGGAUAAAAUAUUUAGGAGGAACUGUUGAGUUGGCGGAACUGGGUGUACAAGAGGUAAUCUAUUGUGUUUCAGCAUGAAAUCUAUCUUCAUAUAUAAUGAGGAUCACCUUAAGGCAGGCUUAGGCAAACUCCAGAUGUUUUGGGACUACAACUCCCAUCGUCCCUGACCACUGGUCCUGUUAGCUCGGGAUGAUGGGAGUUGUAGUCCCAAAAACAUCUGGAGGGCCAAGUUUGCUUAUGCUUGCCUUAAGGCUACUGUUUAAUGUCUCUAAAGAGCCUUCGUUAAUCUGCCUAAAACAUUCCAGUCUUUCAUGCUAUGUGUUUUGGUCACCCACUCUCCUCCUCCUCCUCCUCCUCCUCCUCCUCCAAUAUUUGCUGAAGUAUAGAAGAUAGAAAUAAAGUCUCUGUCCACUGGAUCACAAUUGAAAAAUAUGAUCUAAAGGAAAGAUAGAAUUGCCAGUAACAUAAGUUACAUAGGAAGCAGCUAUAUAUGUUAUGUACUGAAGUUCUCACCCUGGGCCAGCAGGGGGAUACUGUAGAUAGUUAUGCAAAUAAGGGAUUGAAAGUGACGUUCAGUGAUUGGAUAGUUUUAGAAAGUUGUAACAAUUAUGUGUACUGAAGCUCUAUAUAAGCAGGCUCACUGAGCCCUUCAGCUCAGUUCUGUUCUGGCCUCUGAAUAAAGAAGGGCUGUUUGAAGAAUCGCUGUGUCGUCUGAUAUGUUCACCCACAACUUAACAAUAUAUAUAGAUGGACUAUAACGUGGUCAGGAGGUGAGGGGAUUGGGUAAAAGAGGCAAGUGAUAGCUUCUAGCACUUGUAUAGGAUUGCACUGUUAAUGCAUCGCUUCUGCUUUAGCUGCAUAAUGGAAGUACACCUCGUUUGCCACCAGUCAUUCUGGCAGAACUUAAAAAGGACCCUAAAAAACAUACAGUUUGUUUUUAUGGACAUCUGGAUGUGCAGCCAGCCAGAUUAGAGGAUGGAUGGGCAUCAGAGCCAUACAAUUUGACAGAAAAAGAUGGUGAGCAUUUAUUAUUAUUCAAUGGCAGCAAUACAGUGACAGAAUCUCACUGAAUACCAGUUCUUGGGUGGCAAUAGUGGGAGAAGAUAUUGCUUCAGGCUCUGCUUGUGAAUUUCCAGCAGGCAUCUGAUUGGCCACUGUGGAAACAGGAUGGUGAACCAAAUGGACAUUUUAUCUGGUACAACAGGACUCUUAUGUCACCUCUGAAUUUGUAAAACACUGUACAGUUGAAUAACUGGGUUCUAUCAGCUUCUCUUUAUUUCACUUUUAUUUUCAAGGUAGUCUGUAUGGACGUGGAACCUCAGACGACAAAGGGCAAAUUCUGGCUGUACUGAAUGCAGUAGAAGCACUUCAACAAUAUGUAUAUGAUUUCUUGUUUUUUUUUAACAAGUCUUUCUUAUUUCAUGAAAUCUGCCAUCAAAACAAAACAAACACACUGUUUACUACAUUUUAAACCACUCUCUGACAGGAACUUCCUGUGAAUGUAAAGUUUCUCCUUGAAGCCAUGGAAGAAGUAGGAUCCCCUGGACUAUUGAAACUGGUUGAAGAGAGAAACAGUACGUUUUUUUCAGAUGUCGAUUACAUUGUGAUCACUGAUUCCUCAUGGAUCAGCAACAAACCAAGUAUUACAUAUGGAACAAGGGGAAACAGCUACUUCUUAAUUGAGGUAUUUGGGGCUCUUUAAUAUUGUUACAACUAGUAGAAUGAGUGUGGUAUAAUGGUUGGACUAUGCCCCAGGAGACUAGGGUUCUAAUCCAACGCAGCCAUGAAGCCCAGCUUAAUUUACCUCACAGGGUUGUUAGAAUAAAAUAGAGGUGAGGAGAACAAUGGUCCACCUUGAGCUACUUGGAGGAAAGUUGGGAUCUAAUAAUAAUGCUAAUUUUACAGACACAUCUUAUCAUUCAUUUUAUUAUCAUUUCCUGUAAAGUUUCUAACGAAUAAGCUGCUAAGCGAGGAUUACAAUUUUUAAUUGAUGCAUGUCUGAGAGGGAUGAGCCCACAAACGUGAAGCUUGUGCCUGUUCAUUUUCCUGAUGCAAAAUCUUGGUAUGGCAUGGCAUGCUAAUACACCCUCUGAUUCCUUUAUCUACUUUUUUCUAGGUUGAAUGUGCUAAAAAAGACUUGCAUUCAGGGACCUUUGGAGGUAUAGUUCCUGAAGCAACCAGUGACUUAAUAUAUCUGUUGAGUAAGUAGACUUUCUACUAGUGAACAACUAGCUCACACCUUCUAGGCUGCUUCAAAGCUUGACUACUGAGAUUUCAGCAUUGGUAACCUCAAGACUGGAUUACCACAAUGCGCUCUGUGUGGGGCUUCCCUUGGGCACCUUCACAGCUGCAGCUAGUGCAAAAUGCAGGGCUUAAUUGUUGACUGAGGAACCCUCUCAGCGUCAUAUAACACCUCUGCUGAAGAAACUGCGGUGGCUGCCAAUAUGUGCAGUUCAGGGUCUUGCUUUUAGCCUUAAAGCCGUAAACAACUUGGGACCUGCCGGGCAACUGUGCUCCUCAGAUGGGGCACUGCUGAGAGUACCAUAAGCCCCAGAGGUGUGUUUAGCCUAUGCUAGAAACUGAACUUUUAGUGCUGGAACUCUAGCUCUCUAGAAUAAAUUACCAGCCAAAACUAGACAGGUGCCUAGUGUGAUGAUGUUUGAAGGCAUUUUUCUUUAUGAAGGGUUUCCUUGAGGUGCCACCCAGUCAUAUAUGGAAGAUCAACUUUAUAUUUAAUGAAAUUGUUUCAUUGCUAUCAUCAUCAUCAUCAUCAUCAUCAUCAUCACCAUUUUACCCCACCCCAGCACUCUGGGCAGCUUCUAAGACAUAUAAAAACAUAAUAAAACAUUACACAUUAAAUAGCUUCCUGAUAAAGGGCUGCCUGCCUUUAGAUGUCUUCAAAAAGUUACAUAGUUACUCAUCUCCUUGACAUCUGAUGGGAGGGCUAAACGAAAGCUAAACGAUGAGUACUGGUCUGGACAAGAUGCUAAACCAAGCAUGUCAAAAAGUUAUAUAGUUACUAAUUUCCUUGACAUCUGAUGGGAGGGCAUUUCACAGUCAGGAGAAAGCUAAAUAAUGAGUACUGGUCUGGACAACAUGCUAAGCCAAGCCAUAGCUUAGCUUAGCACACGACAGCAACCAAAUGUUCAGGGCAGAGCAAUGUGGUCACAGUCUCCUGUCUGGAGUUUUCAUGCUUGCAAGUCCAUGGUUUUGCUUAGCUUGAUGUGCAAAUCAGUUAGGACCAUCCCAUCUGAAAUAUACUCAGAGUCAAGUGUGGAUUUCAUGCUCUUUAUUCAGCUCAUAGUAGUGAGGAAAACCAGUUCCCCCGAAAUGUCUGCUUUAUAUACAUUAUUUACACAAUGGGCCCCACGAGAUUGGCUAAUUCCGGGAUUCUCCUGUAGGCCAACCAGGUUGCAGAUUCACUUCCACCUGGAGUUGGAUUGGGUGGCUCCUGCAGACCAAUCAGACUGCUGCAUUCUAGAUCCUAUUGUUCUGGGACCAAUCAGACUGCUGCAUUCUAGAUCCUAUUGUUCUGGGACCAAUCAGACUGCUGCAUUUUGAAUUGUAUUCAACUCAGUACAUAACAGCAUCCAUGAGGCAGAAGAAUCCAAGGGGCGCCUCCUUGGGCACCCCCCCUCCCAAAGUGAGAAGUAGCUACAGUGGCUUCAGGCUUCCAGUGAGAUCUCACAAAAGCCCUGUGAGAUCUCACAGUGGCCUCCACGUGAUUUCACUGCGCUCUCACAAGAUCUUGCUGGAAGCUUCAGCUGGUAACCCUAGUAAGCAAGACUUUGGUGAGGGCAGCAAGCUGCUCCUGAAAUAAGACUAUUACGUCUAUAUUACAGGGAGGUAGCCAUGUUGGUCUGCCGUAGUCAAAACAAACAAACAAAUUCCUUCCAGUAGCACCUUAGAGACCAACUAAGUUUGCUAUUGGUAUGAGCUUUCGUGUGCAUGCACACUUGUGCUCACACAAAAGCUCAUACCAAUAGCAAACUUAGUUGGUCUCUAAGGUGUUACUGGAAGGAAUUUUUAUUUUAUUUUAUUACGUCUAUAGACAUUCUAAUGAACAUUCAUAGGUUGGGGUCAGAGCUUGCCACAUGUAUGCUAUUAUUCCCACUACCUCCUCCCAUUUAUCUUAUUCUUAUUUAGCCAUCAUCUUACUCUGGGGAUCUGGUUUUAUAGCUUUAUCUAUAUAUUAAAGGUCCUUACCUGUUGUGCAUGUUCUAUGAUGCCAAAGAAGCAUAGCUUUUCAUAGAGAUUCUUAGAGAACAGCAAAACUUAGCAUUUUCUGUAAGUUUAUCAUGUAACAUGUUUUGUUUAAAAAUAAACAGAAAUUAGGAGAAAUAUUCAAUAAACUUUAAAAAAAUUAAAGGACUAUUUUGAGGCUUGCCUUCUGUAUUCCCUAGUUUUAAAGUAAGCAGUUUUAAUUGAUGUUUAAUUUGAUUCUGUCCAUUAAAAAAACAAAAGUAACUGCAAGUUCUGUUAUUUCUGUAGUUCCUCUUCAGAACUUGUACAUUUGUUUUCAGGUACCCUUGUCGAUUCUUCUGGUCAUAUACUGAUACCUGGGAUUUAUGAUGCAGUUGCUCCUCUUACGGAAAAAGAAAAGAAACUCUAUGAAAAAAUUGAAUGGGAUUUCAAGAAGCUGAAGGACACAUUUGGCAUAAGAAACUUCACAUACAACACUAAAGUAUAUGCCAUAUUGAUUUUGUAUUGAAUUCUAAGCUGGGCUUUUGGUAGCUGGUUUCACAAUUUUCAGUUAGGAUGGGGCAAAUUGUGGGAAUUCCUUUAUAGUUGAUGUAGAAGCAUGGUCAAAUCUGGGUCUGCUCUACCAUUAGGCAGUCUGGGAUGGCUACUACAGGCAGCUGAUUUUGGGUGUAAUGAAAGGGCAGCAUUUCCCUUUUUGCAGAAAUAUGCUGGUAAAAUAUGUAUACAAGUCACUAGACCAUUUUCUUAGCCUGUAUUAAUGAAUUCCACCUUGUGUGGAAUUGUCAGUCUGAUUGGGGGUUCUAGAGUAACCCCAAGUCUAGUAUCAUGAGAUAGAAAAGUCAGUCAACCACUCUCUCCAUGAUUAGUCUGAAUUAGUUCUGCAGUCAGGAAUAUUAGGAUUUUUGGUCCAAAGUCUAGCACCCCACUCAGUAGAAUGAGUGAGGGUGGGGGGAUGACAAACAUACCAGGUAGCUUACCACAUUUUGAAAAAAGUGACACAACACACAUUACCAUUUAUAGUAAGGAGGGGUGCCAUAAGACCACAUAUUCCAGGCUCAAAAAAUGAUUCAGUUUUCAGAAUCUAGUUUUCAUGUUUUAUUAGUUUGCAGGUCACUUUGGAUCACAUUUCAUGAAAAAGCAACUAAAAAUGCAAACGAUAAUAAUGAUAUAAAUAACCCAUUUGUCUGUGUAAAAUAAUAGGAAUGGUGAGCAAACUACAACUUAUUGUUUAAGACUUUAUAUAUUGCUUUAAAAGUUGCUUUUUUUGUUUAGGAAGAAUUAUUAAUGCGGAAGUCACGCUAUCCAUCUUUGUCCAUCCAUGGAAUUGAAGGAGCUUUCUCUGCACCUGGAACUAAGACUGUAAUCCCUGCAAGAGUAAUUGGGAAAUUUUCAAUACGCCUGGUUCCCCAUAUGGAUCGCUCUGUAGUAACAAAACAGGUAGAGUUCUGGGUUGUGUGUCUUUAAAAUCUCUCUAUUCUAUUGUGGUAAACAGUGCUAAUCAUUUGCUUUCCUCAGUUGAUGUGAUGUUUCUAGCAACCUAGCCUAAAAUAGGCCUACUCAGAAGUAGGUCCCCACUGUAUUCAAUAGGGCUUAUUCCCAGGUAGGUGUAUACAAGAUUGUUGCCAUGCAAUGGAAUACAAUGUAUGUUCACUCAAUAAUCCCUACUGAGUUCUAUAGGACUUCUUAUCAAAUAGGUGUGUAAAGGAUUGUAGCCUAAGACUGCAACUCAAGUAUGCUUACUUCACAUGAAUUAAACUGAGGCUUACUUCUGGAUAACAUGCAAGGCAUUGCUAGUGAAUUAACUCAAAAUGAAGUUGAUAAUAUAUUUAAGGUACUGGCCUGAAUCACAGAGAAUGGGAAUUUGAAUAAUGACCAGCACAUUGAAGUACCAAAAGAUAAUCAUCAGCACAUUGAUCAGCCUUUAUUCAAAGCUCAAAGUGUGCUAGACCAUGAAUACUGCAGGUCAUUAUCCCACAAUGCAUCUUCAUAAGCAGAUAAUUAAUAUAUUAUUGUGUUAUUAUGACAGAUUUAAUUUUCACCAGGAGCAAACUAGAAUAAACUUUCACUAUUAUUCUCUUGAGGUAAUGGAUCAUUUGAACAAGAAAUUUGCUGAACGGAACAGCCCUAAUCAUAUUGAAAUAACCAAUGUGCAAGCAUCAAAGCCGUGGCUUUCUGAUACAGAUGAACCUCUGUAUUUGGCUGGAAGAAAGGCAAUAGAGAAAGGUCUGGUCACUUCACUGCAACAAAUUACAACACUUUGGGGCUAUUGUGAUUAUUAUGAAGCACCCAGCAUACUGAAAAGCAGUGUAGAAAACUUAAUAGCAAUGGCUGCUAUUAUAGGACAAUGAAAACACGAACCACACGCCUUCUGAAUAGUUUCUAUCCAAGAGCUCUGAUUGCACUAAAUAAUGAUCUCAGGGCCAGUUGCAAGGAAUAGCAAGCAGGGAGUAGGAAGGAAUGAGACAGGUUUUUAGGUUAUGUUAUGCUUUUAAUAGGUUAUGUUACAUUCUGGAGUAUGAUAUGUUUUUAUAGAUUAUGUCUGAAUAGGAUGAGAGUGUUGGAGAUACGUGCAAAUGUGUAUGUGAACCCGGUCUUCGAGUGGGUGUUUGAUUUUCGUUGUUGUGUAUACUGUGUAUAUACGGACAAUGACAAUAAAUUUAUCUAAUCUAAUCUAAUCUAAUCUAAUCUAAUCUGCAUCAUUACAAAAAAUCCAAAGUAAUCUACACAUGCAUCUAAUAAUAAAGCUGCAAUGUUAUAUGAAUGUGUAUGUAAUUCACACAGUAUUCUGAAGGAGAAUUUUGGCCUUGGAAGAGGCUCGUUUUGUGAAAACUUAUUUUAAAGCACAGUCAUGGGACGUAUUAAGACAGAACUGUUUUGCUGCAGGAGAUUUAAAACAGUUGUUUUUCUGGAUUUUGUCAGUUACAGACAGGAUCACAACUUUAAGUUUAGAAGUAGUUAACUUUUAACUCAAGAUUGCAACAAAGACAAAUGUGUCUGUUCUGGGACUUAGUUGGAUAAAAUGUUAAGUAACCAGUCUAUGAAAAUUAAGUUUUCUUUUAUUCCUAUUUCUUAGUAUUCCACACUGAGGCUGACUUGACCCGAAUAGGUGGAACAAUUCCAAUUGUUUCACAUUUCCAAGACGUAACUGGAAAGAGUAUAAUGCUUCUAGGAAUAGGAGGACCAGAUGAUGCCCCUCAUGGUCAAAAUGAAAAGAUCAACAGGUAAUCUGUAGGCCUUUAAAACACAGUAGUACCUCUGGUUAAAUACGCUUCAAGUUACAGACUCCGCUAACCCAGAAAUAGUACCUUGGGUUAAGAACUUUGCUUCAGGAUGAGAACAGAAAUCGUGCAGCGGCGGCGCAGCAGCGGCGGGAGGCCCCAUUAGCUAAAGUGGUGCUUCAGGUUAAGAACAGUUUCAGGUUAAGAACGUACCUCCGGAACUUAAUUCCGGAACGAAUUAAGUACGUAACCAGAGGUACCACUGCAAUGAAGUUUUUUACUAGUGCGGAAAGUGCUACGGUAAGUGAAUUUUAAGCAUAAUCUCUGGAGAGAAGACAACUUUGGGACUUCUGUUUUGUGUGCAACAUAAACCACCUAGAAGCUUCUUGAAGAUGGAAAAACUAAACAUACAGCAUUUGAAAUACUGAUGUAAAUGAAGUAGAAAAAGCGUGAAUAAUAAAACCAGAUGUAGUAUUGGCCAUAAUUAUGAUGCUUACCCAUUAACGUAGUCAUACAUUUUUGCCAAGUUGUAAUUUAGACUCUCAUAUUCCAUCUGCGCUAUAUCUGCUUUUGCAUGCCCACUAUUAAUCUUGUUUUCUUUUUAAAUGUAGGUACAACUUCAUUGAGGGAACCAAACUAUAUGCAGCCUUCCUUCAAGAACUUGCUUCUACCUAGAGAAGAUGGGAUGAUGAUAAAAACCCUCUAAAGCACAGCUGCAUACUUCCUUUUUUGAAAUGUUCUUAAAGGAACACAUGUACACAAAUAUAUUUAGUAAUUUAAACGUGAUAAAAUCAAUAAAUACUUGUGUGGAAAAAAGAGAAGAUUCCCCCCUGCAAUAAAAUAUUUUAUUUUAUUUUUACAUUUGGAGGUCCCAUUCCUCCUUUCUUUAUGUGUCUGUACAGAACUUUCUUGCUUCCUUAAGAACUCUGGACUCUCAGAAAGGAAAAGGAAUAAAUACUGCCACCUGGGUUUUCUAAAUUUAAGAUGACCCUCUUACUAUGUUUUUUGUAAAAGAUGUGCUACCCACAAAUGACACAUCACAUUCCUAAAUGCUUUUAAGUCUGUUCAAAGGUAUGGUUGCACCCUGUGUGACUGAACUAUUGUAUAACUAUUCAUGUGCACUAUACACCCUCUGCUGGCUGCACACUUCUUUGCAGCAUCUUUUUCUUAAAUGUGGUAACUGCAUACAUGGGGAUCUCAAGUGCUUACCCAUGUAGGCACAGACAGGAUCAA